AUGACUGAUCAGAAUCACUCUGCUGGAGUCGGCCAAGUCAUUCGAGAAUGUUUUGGCGCUGGCAUCCGACUAUCUCCCAAUACUUUGAGGCUGAUGCUGUCAUGGGGCGUCGACUUCGGCUCCAUCAAGAAAGAGAUAUCUCACGGCAACAGGUUUGUGGACUGGAAAGGCAAGAACCUGCUGGAUGUACCCUUAAAUAACGUCCAAGCCUCAUAUGGUGCCCCGUACUACUUUAUUCAUCGUGCAGACCUGGUGCAUCUACUGGUCCGGACGGCCAGACAACGAGACAACAUCACCAUACGUAUGGAUUCCCGAGUGCAAUCUUACGACUUCGAUACACCGGCUGUAACACUGAUUGGAGGACAAACGAUACGCGCGAAUAUGGUUAUAGCGGCCGAUGGGAUCAAGAGCUCCGUCAGGGACACAGUGAACGGCCGACCUCUCCCACCUCAGGACACCGGCGAUGUGGCCUAUCGAAUUAUGGUGCCAGCUCAGCCACUGCUCGAUGAUCCUCAGAUGGCACAUCUCGUAAAGGAGCUGUCCAUUGGAUGGGCCCUGAAGCUCACGCAGUGGGCUACCCAUUACGUGAAGGAAGCCUGUACAACAUCAUCAUUGACGUAA